AUGAAUAAGGAUUCUCUAUUUUAUGGUCUAUUUUUUGGAGCCAUUCCAUUUUUCAUUAUUGUCUCAAAGUGGAGAAUUGACAGUUUGAAAUUUCAAAAGAAAGAGAGCUUAUACAAAAAAUAAUUACAGUGCUAUACAGAAAUAGAAGAAAAGAAAAAUGAAUAAAAGCAGAAGCACUUGAAAAAUGAUGCGGAAUAAGGCGACACCAUAGAAUAUAACUUAAUAAAUAUAUUAGUGAAAGACCAUCGUCUUAGAGUUAGAAAAAUUUGUAUAACUGGUGGUCCAUGUGCAGGUAAAACCACAGGGUUAAAUUAUCUUGCAGAAAAACUCAAAGAAAGAGGAUUUUCAGUUUACAUUGUCCCAGAAGCAGCUACAACAUUGUUUAUGGGAGGAGGAAUGUUAGAUCUAGACAAUUAUUCAGCUGAAGAUAAAAUGACUUUUUAAAUGAAUUUACUAAAUUUGUAAAUGAAGUUAGAGCAUUGUUUCUAUGUGCUUGCAAUGUUAUGUCCACCGAAUAAGACUCCCGUAUUGUUAUGUGAUAGAGGACUAAUGGAUGGCAAGGCCUACAUGGAUCAAAAUGAGUGGUACGAAAUGAUCGGAAAAUAUAACUUGGAAGAAGUCAAAUUGAGAGAUGAGAGAUAUGAUGCUGUUGUGCAUAUGGUAACAGCCGCAGACAGCACUGAUUGCUAUAGUACUUUGAAUAACAAAGCACGUCACGAAACUUAAUAAUAAGCGUUGGAAAUGGAUCAUAAAACUUAAAGUGCUUGGUCUGGACAUCCAAACUUAAUUAAGAUUGACAACCAUAGUGUUAAAUCUUUUAAUGACAAAUUAGAUUGGUUACUUCGAGAAGCUUUGAAAAUUUUGGGUCAUCCUAUCCCAUAAAAGGAAAUCGGGAAAACAAGAUAAUUUUAUUUAGAGAAAGAUAUGAAAUUCGAAGAUAUUCGAGAUGUAAAAUAUAUGAUUAAGUAUAGGAACAUUAAAUUAUUGAAAUUAAAAAGACUUAUUUAAUUCCAUAAUAUGAAAACUGUUCUCUUGUUUUAUUGCAAAGAAUUCAUGAAGGAAGAUAAUAAUUAUACAUUAAAGAAAAGCUUUUUGAGAAUGAUACUAUGGUUAAAGCUAAUAUGAUCAAACUUGAUAAGAAUGACUUCGAACUAUUCAAGAAGAUAAAAGAUCCAAACUACAUGGAAAUAUCCAUUAAGAAAGUAUGUUUCACUUAUGAAGGAUAAUAUAUUGUCGUUAAUGAAUAUGUAGGUAGUUGCUAAGUGAUUAAAAUAAAAAAUUGUAAAGAAAAUUAAUAAAUUAAAUUUCCUCCAUAUGUAGAUUAAAAAGGAAUGGAAGAGUCAAAUGAGGUAUUUAUUGUUUUUGAAUUUAGAAAAUUACUGCUCGUCUUUUUGCCAAAAAAUAUAAAAACGAACCUAAUCUUCAACUCAGAUCAAAUUCAGAUAAAUAUAAAUUCAGAAAAUUGUCUUUCACAGAUGAUAUAAAUGAAUAAGCCAUCAAAUAAGACCUUGAGGGAUUUCACCUCGAUUAAAAAGUGGCAGACAAAAACACUCAAGUUCCCUAACCAAAAUAAAAUUGAUUAAUAG